GUCAUUUUCGUUGGAAUAAAAAAUAAUUUUGACAAGCAUGGCGGAUGGAGAUUCUUUGUACGAGUUAAGUUCUGAUCAAGACGUUGAUCCUGACGCUAUUGAUGGAGAUGUCGAAAAUGAUGACACGGCAGAUGACGGGGUCAGUGAUAUUAAAAAGAAGAGCAAGAAGAAAAAACUACGGCGGCCUCGAGGGUUUGAGAGGUCGAGUGGGGAUUCUGACAGUCAGACAUUGAGUGAAGACCAAGAGUUGAACAACCAACCCCAUUACCAUCCCCACCACCAUCAUCACCCACAUGAAGCAAAGAAGAAGUCGGAUGUUAAUCACAUGUCUGGUUCCGGAGCAGAGGCCGACACCGAGGGACAAGACACGACCCAGGAAGGGGCUGGAGCGGCCAACGGAGGCCGGGGGGACUCUGACAGGAAGAUGACUCUGAAGGCAUCUUCCGCAGCUACUGCUCCUCCUGAACAGUCAACAUUAAUUGCAACCAAGGAGCAGAUUCAGCGUACAGUCAAGGAGCUGGAGAUGUUAUCUAUGGUUGCUGGAAAUGCGCCAAAGUCCAUGGAUGAAGCCACGAAGAAGAGGUACCAGUUCUGGGAAACCCAGCCUGUACCAAAAAUAAACGAGAAGGUCAGUGGCAACGAGGAAAUCGAGCAAGACAAGCCGUCAGAUGAGAUACGUCAGGAGUCGUACUCGUUGCCGUCUGGAUUCAACUGGGACACACUUGACAUAAGAGAUCCACUCAUUCUGAAGGAAUUGUACACUCUUCUGAAUGAGAACUAUGUAGAAGAUGAUGACAACAUGUUCAGAUUUGACUACUCACCGGAGUUUCUGCAGUGGGCACUGCAGCCUCCAGGUUGGCGAAAAGAAUGGCAUUGCGGUGUGAGAGUAGUCAAGAGUGGCAAACUAGUAGGUUUCAUCAGUGCCGUGCCAGCUCAUAUAAAGAUCUAUGACAGGAGGAAACACAUGGUUGAGAUAAACUUUCUGUGUGUCCACAAGAAGCUGCGAUCCAAACGAGUGGCGCCUGUGUUAAUAAGGGAGAUAACUCGGAGGGUGCAUUUACAAGGACUGUUUCAGGCAGUUUAUACAGCAGGAGUUGUCCUUCCUAAACCAGUCGCGUGUUGUAGAUACUGGCAUAGAUCUUUAAAUCCAAAGAAGCUGAUAGAGGUGAAGUUCUCACAUUUGACCCGCAACAUGACCAUGCAGAGAACCCUCAAGCUCUACAAACUACCUGAUCAAACAAGGGUGCAAGGAUUCCGUCCAUUUACGCCUGCUGACUUACCUGAUGCUUUUGAACUCAUGGCUAAGUACCUGGACAACUUGGAACUAUCCCCAAUCUUCACAAUUGAUGAGUUUAAACAUUGGUUUAUCAGUCGCAAGGAUAUUAUUGAGAGUUUUGUGGUGGAGAACAAUGGCGUUAUCACUGACUUUGUGAGUUUUUACUCGUUGCCAUCAACGGUGAUGCACCACCCUGUCCACAAAGUCCUGAAGGCCGCGUACUCCUUCUACAAUGUCAGUACCGUGACUCCGUGGUUCGACCUUAUGCAGGAUGCACUUGUAGUGGCAAGAAAUAUGGGUUUUGAUGUGUUUAACGCGCUAGACCUGAUGCAGAACAAACUGUUCUUGGAGAAGUUGAAGUUUGGGAUCGGGGACGGCAAUCUGCAGUAUUACCUAUAUAACUGGAGGUGCACACAAAUGGAUCCCCACCAGGUGGGGCUGGUGUUACAAUGAGAUCAACCAAGUUGACUUAGAAGCUUUAUUUUGUGUUAAAUUCACCUCCUACUCCCCCCAGUAUACAAUACCGUUGUGAUAGGUACAUGGAUCAAUCUUCAACAACUAGGGGUCCGGCUUUUGCGAUAUUAUUAGGAAUCUAGCUACAAAAUGAGGAAUAGUUGUCUAUUUACCACUAAUAUUGUUAGAUUAGAAUGAACAAUAUAUGAAAUUUUCUUAGAACGUUUCAAUUCUUUGUAGAAGUGGUGAUCAUUUUUUGUCUGUCUUUUACAAUAUUCUUCCAGCUGUUCGCAGUUUGUUGACAAUAUGUGAAAGAUAAACAUUUAUCUUUUUUUCUAUGAAAAGUGUAUGAUAAGUUUUUUUUUAUUUCAUUUAAGAAGGAAAGAGAAAUUUGUUUCUAUUAUUCUUAAUUAUACUUUCCAACUUAAGAUGUUGAAAAUGAUAAAAUUCCAUCAUCAUAAAACAAUUUCAGAGACUUAGUUUAGAAAUGCAACAAUAUCUAAAAUUACCUCUUGAGAUAAAAUAUUUGAAAAAAUAAACAGUUGCUUCUGUAAAACAGUUUACUAGGUUAGAUGACAAAGAAUUAAAAUCUUAAUGGGCAGAGUGAACGUUGAGGACAAGCACUUCUUAAUCAUUUUAAUUGAGGUGAUCUAACUUACUUCGAAUACAACUUCAUCGGCGGACACAUUUUCAAUGCAAAAUCUGACACAUUGAUCGUUUAUUGGAUGAGUUCUAUUCUAAACAAGCCUGGAAAAAAUUGCAUGUGAAAAAUCUUCAUCUCUAGCUGAAACCUUUCUUUUGAAAUUUUACUAGUUUGUUUUUUUAAUAUAAUUAUGUAGAGAACUCCAGUUACUCCAGUUUUUCAAUGUCAAAAAAAAGUUCAGGGGUAUAUGUUACAGUUUUAAAGAAAUCUUAUUCUGAAAAUUGUAACCAAAUCUUAAGUGAUAUAUUGCAAUAUGGAUGUAGAAUGUUAUUCAGAGAGACCAUUGACUUUAUUGUCUUAAGCUUUACCUAAACAAUAUGAACAGUUAUUACAGAUUUUACUGUAGAUAGCAGCUAGGAUAAAUAGUGAGAAAAAUAGUAGAUAAUCAAAUGUAACAAUUAUCCCAUAAGAGGCGUUAAUUACAUCAUGAACAUAUGUAGCAGAUGUAUUUCUAGAAUUAUUGUCAAUUAUGAAUCCUUUGUAUAUUUGUUGUUCUUUUGUUUUGUUACACGUUUAUAUUCAGAUUUGUGAUUUAUCAGUAUAACUCAAUGUCCUGCAUGAAUUGAUAACAAAAAUCAUAACAAUUUGAUAACAAUGAUAUAUGAUAUGCGUACACCAGUUCUACACUCAACAAAGUUAAUUAAAGAUGCACUCUGAGUCCCAAAUAAGCAGUACCACAAUUAAUACAUUUAUUGAAUUUACUGAAAAUAAUGAAUAAAUAUUGAAAGCAAUGGUUCUUUAGAAGGAUGCCAUGGUUAAUUUGAAAGAAAGGUGCAGAAAACACGAUAUUUCUACCUUAUGAGACGAUAGUUGAUCACUGUAAAUCUUUUAGGACCCUUCAGUCAUUUAAUAUUUGUGGGUUUUCAGCUAUAAAAUGCACAAUUACUAUCUUGUUAUCAGUAAUUAAUAGUUUCCAUAAAUGCAUUAUUUAGUAAGUAGUAAAAGGUUUAUCACUCAAAAUGUAUGUUUGUUAUACAUGUUUACGAUUGAUUUUAAAUACGAGUAUCACUUUAAGGGUCCACUAUUCAUGUGCAAAAUACUGAUAAAGAACAACUGACUUCUGACAAAAGCCUGUUUAAAGGUUGCUCAUAGAAAAAUGAAAUAGCGAGUGUGAACUUCUAGGUUUAUAUGUAACAGUUAUUCGGAAAUAACAACAACAGAUGUUGGAUUGUGUGACCCUUGAUUAAUUUUGUUGAGUAUAGCAUUAGUUGAAAUAUUGCUCACUGAUUGGUGCAAUUUAGUAAGAUGUAAUUACUUGUAUAAGUUUUAUAGGGGCGGCCGCAUUAGUUUGAAUAAUAUAUUUUAAAAAAUAUACAAGCUGUAAGUUAGAAGUCUGUAAACAUCAACAAUACUUUAAGCAUGUUUUAUCUAAAGGCAUUAUGUACAGCUAGCCUUAUACUUUUCUUUGAUUUGAGGAUAAUUAAAUCAGAAACUAUUGCGAGUUGAAAAUAGAUUUCUAUCACAUUACAGUCCGAUACAGCUUUGAAUUUGUGUGCGCCAAGCUUGACCAAGCUAUCCAGCUUUAACACUCCAUGACAACACUUUAAAUUUUUACAACUUUGGUACUUGCUUUGCCAUCAUUCCAUUUUUUGAAAACCGUGACAAUUUCUUUGCAGUUUUAUAACAUAUUUGUGGAGAACGAAUUAUCCUCUUAGCAAUGGCUUGUAACAUUGGUAUUUAUUGUUUCUUUUUCUGUUUUGAAGUGCCUGAUGGCAGUGCAUUUACUGUAUUAUAUCACAUAACUGUAUACACACUUGUUAUACACAUAAACGUCCAACAUGAACAAAUACACAGAAUAUUAACAUAUCAUUUACUAUGUCAUACAGUAAUGAGAACAGCUAUCACAUACAUUCUAUUCAGUUUUUUAAUAAAAUCUGGGACCAAUAAUAAUUCAACUCCCAGAUAAAAUAUUCAAUGAAUAUAGUCAUGAAUUGUGUGCAGUUUCAAGCUAUUCGCUUCAGAGUAAUAUAAAUUCUAACCCAGUUUCUUCAAAGUAUUCAAGUCUCUACCUGAUAACUACCAACACUUGUUUAACCACAUAACAGACAGGGGUGUUAUUCAAUAUUGGUCUCAAUUGGAGCUAAGAAUGAUGUAGCUAAUCGGAUUACUUGUUAUUAAUAACUGACCAAUAGAGUGAAUGAAGUCAAUGAUGUAUGACCAUAAAAUUUACUUAAGAUAAAUAUUGAAUACCAACCUAGUUAGCAUGGUUCGAAUCUUAAAGGUUUUUGGUCAUUAUUUUAAACAAUCCUAUUUUUUAGAGCAAAAGUUAUAUGUGAGCAUUAACUCAAAAUUCUUUAGUUGUACUCAAUUGUAUGUGCAUAGACAUAUAAAGACUUUGUCACAUAAAAAAACAAAUAGCAAUACAAUGAAAAGAUGCUAAUAGUUAAAAAUUAAUUCCUGUCCUUUGACAUAUGACACUGGAAUUGUAUAGUGCACUCAGUGGCGUUAAAACUUGAGACGUUUCCUGGGCCGGACCAGCUAAUGAUGAUAUCCACCUAGUUGAAGGCAUUAUCUCUGGUUUUCUCCCGAAAACCCCUGGAAAGCCUUUCAGAAAUAUGACUGGAUGAGUUAUUGAGAAGUGUGUCAAAAUCCCCUGGUAUUCUGGACAAAAUCCCCUGGAUUGGUUUCCAGUAGUAUGGUUUGUGUGUGCAAAACCCUAUUGAAUUGAAUAAUUGAUGAACGUUCCUGUAAUAAUGAUUGCCCAAUGAAAUGCAUGCCUACAUGAAUUUAUCCAAACAUCUUUUUUGCUUUCAUAUAUACAUGUGUAUACACCACAUUCACAGAUAAAAAUAGAACGCACACGCCUGUUUUAUAAUAUAACGUUAUUUCAAGUUUGGUUUGUAUAGAAUACACACACAUUUGAUAUCAUUGCAACCUCACGUAUUUAUUAUGUACUUGUAUUCAUAUUUUGAAACUGGUAUGAUUGUGCUAUAAAUAAAUGGUUCUUGUGGAAUGAAAUAAAGCUAUGCCAUAAAGAUAAUAUAGCUUUUGUACAAAGAAGCAGUUGCUAUUAUUCUGGGAAUUUGUAAUUAUAAGAGUAUAGGUAUUUAAUGUAGUUUGUUUCAGAUAAAAUUGUGUUUUCUAUUUGUUGUGAAAUUCUUUGUAAGAUGUGCUUCAUAUUCAACACAUGUCUACAUUUUUUUAGAAAUAUUAAAUUAUGAAAAUGUC